AUGGCCGGGGUGGACGUCAAUGAAUACAACGGCGGCGUGCUCGUCGCUGUCUCCAUAGCCUUUCUUACCCUCAGCUCGGUUUCGGUUCUCUUGCGAAUCUAUGUCCGGCAGUUUAUGACGAAUAGCUUCCAGCUGGACGACUGGUUCAUGGUCCUUGGCCAGGAUGCCGAGAUCGAUUCUCUCAUGUGGCAAGCCCUGGCGACGGCAACCUAUAUCCUCGACAUGAUGUUCAUCAAGCUUAGCAUCGCCAUCUUCCUAGUGCGACUGGCCGUACAGAAGGUCUACAAGUACAUUCUCUGGGUCAGUCUGGUGGUUGUCACGAUUUGGAGCAUCGUCAUCUUCUUCUGGAACAUGUUCCAAUGCGCUCCCGUCGCCGCGCAAUGGGACUACACUAUCCCCAAUGGCAAGUGCGUCAAUGCGGAGCAGAUCGUGUCGGCGGCCUAUUCGAUUAGUGUCAUGACUAUCCUUACGGAUUGGCUCUUCGCUCUAUUACCGAUUCCCAUGCUCUGGAAGGUGAAAAUGACGAAGCAGACAAAACUCACCGUUAUUUUUAUCCUUGGACUCGGUAUCUUUGCGAGCAUUGCAACUCUUAUUCGACUGAAGUUCCUCGCUAAUCUCACCGACACCGAGGACAUACUAUUUGCCGGUACUGAUGCUAUGAUGUGGACCCUCAUCGAGCCCGGCGUCGCCAUCAUCGCCGCCAGUCUCGCCACCACCCGACCCCUCCUCCGCGCCAUGCGCCUCAAGGGCUUCGAGUCGACCGGUCGCACAGGCAAGAGCGCCGACGUCCGAUCCGGCGUCUCGAACCGCUCGCGUCAGCACACUAUAGACGAUAUAGAAAGCCGCAUAGCAAACUCAAAGCACGCGGAUCGUAUAGAAAUGAGGCCUCUACCAGGUCACGACAACUUUAGCCCCACACGCGACCGAUUCGGUUCCGCCGUGGACAUGCCCAACAUGCCGGGGAUCGCGAUCACGACGGACCAGACCGAGCGGCUCGGGCAGGAUUCGAGAACGCGCCGCGCGACUAGCGAAAUGUUCGUGAUAGAGGGCGAGAGGACGAAAUGGACGCAUGAGGAUUCGCGGCUUAGCACCGCAACGCCAUAUUCGGACGAGGGGGCCUCGACGAGGACGUCUUCGAUGGAUAUCAUUGGGAUGAACCCUACGGGCCAGCAUGGGCCCCUCAGUCAUAGUACUGGUGGGCGAUGA